CGUAGAGGAGGCAGAAGGGACACCGGGGGUUUAUAGUGCAUCUCUUCCCGUACUGUUAUUGACAGCUGGCUUCAGUGACAAGCAAAGACAGCCGUCGCUUUGGACGGAACACUUUCGGUUAAUAUCAACAUUUUACACUUUGGACACUUUUUGACUUUUUGCUUUACGUUUAUUUCUCUUACUUCAGCACUAGGGACUGGACGUACACAGUCUCCCAAGGACGCAUUCAUCACGGGGAUGUCUCACCCCGCACCGAUGCAGUACACGAAAAGGCUUUGCUCGUUGAUGAUUUGAACGCUUCUGGAUGUGUAUUAUAUGUUUGGGUCAAGAUAUCGCUCCUAAAGCAUCUUUAGUCUGAAUCCCGGUGACUCACUGCAUGAGCGGAGGAGAGUCACUGCAUCCUAAUCAGAGAUACGUGAGAGGAGUCGCUGCCUCACGUUACAGGCGCACUUUUGGGGAGCGCUUUAUUUUUCCAUAUAGUCCUGUCGGAGUUUUUUUUCUCGCUUGGAAAGGUUUUGUACAAAGGAUGUAACCCGUCUUUGGUGAUGGUUGUCUUUAGACUGGAUAGCAGGCUACAGGGGAAGAGGCUCAGAAAGGCUAUUUCUUUGUGGAAACCGGAUUGUGAUUAUGCCUCCAAUGCGCCUGGGCGUUCAGCAGAAUAUAAAUUAGCUGUACAGCCUCACCGUUUGUUGUGAAAACUCUGGAUAAAAGAAGCACUGCCACGGAGGACAGAAAAGAGCAUUCAAAGGAAAAGCCCACAUAAUGACUUUAUACAUUUUUUAUCAUGAAUCGGCAUGUGUGCUCAGUAAUUGAAGGUAUAAAUCGUCACUUUGCCAGGAAGAUCAACAGGUCGGAGGCGUAGAAACGCAUCAGAAACCCGAGACACUCACUGAAAGGGAUGCAUCUUUCUGUUUUCCUUUUCCUACUUUUAUGGGCGCAAGCCCUGACAUUAAAAAACUUGAACUACUCGAUACCCGAGGAGAAAAUUCAGGGUGUCAUUGGAAACAUUGCCAAGGAUGCCGAGCUGGAACUGGGGGAGCAGGGAAAAAAAUCCAACUUUCGGGUGUUGGAGAACUCUGCGCCACAUCUCAUAGAUGUGGAUCCCGAAAGCGGGCUACUAUACACAAAACAGCGGAUCGACAGGGAAACACUGUGUAAACAAAAUUCUAAGUGCCAGCUCUCCAUGGAAGUGUUUGCCAAUGACAAGGAGAUCUGCAUGAUUAAAGUCGAAAUACAGGAUAUAAAUGAUAAUGCACCAAGCUUUCCUUCUGAUCAGAUCGAUAUUGACAUUUCUGAAAAUGCAGCCCCAGGCACACGUUUCCCUUUGGCUGCUGCCUACGACCCUGACACGAGAGAAAACGGGCUGAAAACAUAUCAGAUCACACGGGAUGAUUACAGUAUAUUUUCUCUGGAUGUGAAAUCCAGAGGGGAUGGAACUAAAUUCCCUGAAUUGGUUGUUCAGAGGUCCUUAGAUCGAGAGGAGCGUAGCCAUCACACUUUAAUUAUUACUGCCACUGACGGAGGGGAAUAUCCUAAAUCAGGGACAAUGCAAAUCAAUGUGAAAGUCACUGAUUCCAAUGACAAUAGCCCUGUGUUUGACCAACCCUCAUAUGUAGUGGAGAUUCCUGAGAAUUCACCUCUAGGCAUGGUAUUGAUAGAUUUAAAUGCCACCGAUCCUGAUGAAGGGAUUAACGGCCAGGUUACUUAUUCCUUCAGCUGUUAUGUUCCAGACAGGAUCAAAGAGUUGUUUUCAAUAGACCCCCGAACGGGUGUCAUAAAGAUUCAGGGUAAAAUCGACUAUGAGGAGAACCCAAUUAUAGAGAUUGAUGUUCAGGCAAAGGAUCAAGGCCCCAACCCGAUUCCUGGCCAUUGUAAAGUCACCGUUAAAGUGCUCGACAGGAAUGACAACUGGCCCUCUAUAGGUUUCGUGGCAGUACGUCAGGGGGCGGUUAGUGAAGCGGCAGCCCCAGGGACAGUGAUCGCUCUUGUGAGAGUCACAGACAAGGACUCUGGGCGCAACGGGCAGCUUCAGUGUAGGAUCUUAGGCAAUGUGCCUUUUAAGUUGGAGGAGAACUAUGAUAAUUUUUACACGGUGGUGACAGACAGACCACUAGACAGAGAAGUCAAAGAUGAGUAUAACAUCACUAUUGUGGCCAAAGACAAUGGCAACCCGCCCCUGAACUCAACCAAGUCUUUUACUGUGAAAAUCUUAGAUGAAAAUGAUAACGCACCUCGCUUCACAAAAAUGGUCUAUCUGCUUCAGGUGCCUGAAAACAACAUCCCGGGGGAAUACCUGGGCUCGGUUCUUGCUCAUGACCCAGAUUUGGGCCAAAAUGGUACUGUGUCCUAUUCCCUCCUCCCAUCUAAUGUGAGCGAGGAAUCUAUCACCACAUAUGUUAACAUUAAACCCACCGACGGUGCCAUUUAUGCACUGAGGAGUUUCAAUUAUGAGCAAACAAAGUAUUUUGAUUUUAAAGUCCAGGCAAAAGAUUCAGGUAAUCCUCACCUGGAGAGCAACACCACUGUCCGUGUGAGUGUUCUGGAUGUCAAUGACAACAUUCCCGUCAUUGUGCUCCCGCUACUUCAGAACGAUACUGCUGAGAUCCACGUACCACGAAAUGUGGGAGUCGGUCACAUUAUCACCACGGUGAGAGCGGUGGACAAUGACUUCGGCGAGAGUGGUCGGCUCACCUACGAGAUCUCGGACGGGAACGAGGAACACCUGUUUGAGAUCGAUUCGGUGACGGGCGAAGUACGGACAGCUCAGCCAUUGUGGGAGGAGGUGUCACCUGUUGUAGAACUCAUCAUCAAGGUGACCGACCAUGGCAAACCAACGCUCUCCGCCAUGGCGAAACUCAUAGUCAAAGCCUACUCAGGCCCCCUACCGGAGGGUGAACCGCGGAUCAACGCCGAACACCACAACUGGGACAUGUCGCUACCAUUAAUAGUGACCCUGAGUAUCAUCUCCAUCAUGCUCUUGGCGGCUAUGAUCACCAUCGCGGUCAAGUGUAAACGCGAAAACAAGGAGAUUCGCACGUACAACUGCCGCAUUGCCGAGUACACCCACCCGCAACUGGGCAAAGGCAAGAAGAAGAAAAUCAACAAGAACGACAUCAUGCUAGUGCAAAGCGAAGUGGAGGAGCGAGAUACCAUGAACGUCAUGAACGUGGUGAGCAGCCCAUCUCUGGCCACAUCGCCCAUGUACUUUGACUACCAAACACGUCUACCCCUCAGCUCUCCAAGGUCCGAGGUCAUGUAUCUCAAACCCAAUGCCAACAACCUCAGCGUUCCUCAAGGGCACGUCGGAUGCCACACCAGCUUCACGGGACCUGUCACGAAUACCACAGAGACACCGGUGAACAGGAUGUCGGUAAUUCAGACAGAUAAUUUUCCUGCUGAGUCCAAUUACAUGGGUAACAGGCAGCAGUUUGUUCAAAGCAGCUCCACGUUCAAAGAUCCAGAGCGUGCCAGUCUCAGAGACAGCGGACAUGGGGACAGCGAUCAAGCGGACAGUGAUCAGGACACUAAUAAAGGCUCCUGCUGUGACAUGUCGGCUAAGGAAGCGCUCAAGAUGAAGGCCACUGGCCUGAAGCCACAACCGCUCGAGCAGGACGAGGAUUGUGUGAAUUGUACAGAUGAGUGUCGAGUGCUGGGUCACUCCGAUCGCUGCUGGAUGCCCCAGUUUCCGGCAGCGGGGGCCGGAGGAGCAGGAACUCCCCAGGCCGAGGGCUCAGACUACCGCACCAACCUCUUUGUCCCGGCCGGCAUGGAAGCUGUCGCUGUCGAAACCGAGCCCUACGAGACGGUUUGCAAUCCCAACGGCAAAAAGACAUUCUGCACGUUCGGGAAGGAACGUCGAGACCACACCAUCCUUGUGGCGAAUGUUAAACCCUAUCUUAAAACCAAACGUGCCCUCAGUCCUCUGUUGCAAGAGGUCCCUUCCGCCUCAUGCAGUCCUUCCAAAGGCUGUAAUACAGGUUCCCCUUGUUCUUCAGCCAAAGGUAUGGGCGACGGAGCGGAAGGCAAGCCAAGCACCAGCCACUUUGGCCCUCCAGAUGGACAGUACAUCUCACCCAACAAGCAGAACAAAGAGCAGGGUUACUCGACUCUGCCUUCCUCCGACCCAGUGGCCAAAGUCUUGGCUGAGGCACGUUCGCGGAUCAGCCAGGAGACGGCGGUGAACAUGGACUGUGUCUUGGAGCAGGGCGGAGGAGAGAUGGGUCGUGGCACCAUGGAUGCAGACCAGGUGGUCAGGGACAUCGACAAACUGCUCCAGGAUUGUCGGGGAAGUGAAAACACCCCCAUCAGAAAGUAAGACGGUUCCUCACGCACCUUCAACGAACAUUAGAAACAACGACAAGGCAGGAGGAAACAUGAAUCUGAGACGCUCUCUAAGAGAGUGCCAUAUUGAUGAGUAGACAAAAAAUGUGUACUUGGAAGGAAGAACGAGCAAAAACACUUUGCUUUUGUUUAUCUGGACGCUGUGUUGUGUUUCGGGGGCAAGGGGAUUUCUUUCGAAGUUGCAGAAGUCGCUGCUUUUGGCUUCUAGCAAGCUUUUCUUCUUCAAGUGCCCACCAGCUUAAAACGUAAAGUGACAUCUUUCCGUUACCGAACCGCAUCUCGGCCAUGGGACUUCGGGAGGGGUGUACGAAAAUGGUUUUGACAAUCGAUGGGGCGGGGUGUGUCGAACACUCCGAAGCGAUCGGACCACACCGAGACAGAGACAUUCUCUUAAAAUUUUAUUGGCUUUGUAAUAUCAGCAUAAGAAGUGCUAACGUUAUCACCAGACUCUGAUGGGUGUGUGGGUCGACAAUUCUUUUGGGUGGGGCGGGCAGGGUUGAGUAUGAAAUGUAACCAUUCUUCACCUGUCAUUUCUAGUCACGUGUAAACUGUGUCCUCCCCCAUGUAUACGUACGUAUGGAACAUUCCAGAUCGGUGAACCUGUUACUCUCACUUAUUGGUCCUUUGUGUGAUCGCAUCUGUCUUCUGCUUUUCACUACUUUUAAAGUGACUCUUCACGUGUCCGAGGUUAAGUUAUAACAGUCACCCUCUUGUAUAUUAGGGACAUUUUUCCUCAACUGUGAAAAGAUAUAUCUAUAUAUACAUAUAGAUAAAUAUAUAUAAAUAUAUGAACUUAUGUAUAGUGUCCAGAUAACAAUGAAAAUAUUUAUACAUUUUGUAAAAAAAAGUGGAAAAAAUAACAGUAAUCUCUGAAAUACGAGGUUGUGCACAGGACGGAAAUGCAGUUGAUGAAGAUAUUUAUUAAACUGCAAAGGACACUGUUUCGAAAUACAAAAAACACAUGGACAGAAAAGAUAAAAAAAAAGGAAAUGUCCCUUCACAUUGUCACUUAUACACAAUAUCAUUUAAUGUGCAAAAUGUAUCCAAUUUAAUGUGUUUACAUCAAAGCGACAUAUUUUUAUUGAUUUUUUUCUGCAGUUUCUGUGCAUUUGAGCCAAAUUGUUACGUGUACAAGAGCUAUAUUGUGUAUUUUAUUAAAUUAAUAUAUGGUUGUGUUGUAA